ACAGCGUAAUUUGCGGUCAAAGAUGGGGGAGAGAGCCCAGAUCAGGCCCAAAAUCAUGCAUUGUCCGAAAUUACAUAGAUUUGGAAAGUGAAGGUUUUGGGGUUCCCGCUCUUCCGCACCAUUUUUUGCCGCCACCAUAAAUCAAAACUCCAAACGCACUUAGAUUUCAUCAUUUCAAAGAGAUCGAGCAUUUCUUCUCUGAACUUCUCCAUAGAGAGAGAGAGAGAGAGAGAGAGAGAGAGAGAGAGAGAGAGAGAGAGAGAGAAAUGCUGGGAAGAGUGAGGAGAUCGUCGAUUAGCUCGUUGGAGCAGUUGGAGUUGGAGAGGCAACCUCCCAAGCUCAUGAAAUCAGAUUCUCUCUCCAUCUAUGAGACUACACUGCUGAAGUUAAAAGAAGGCUCUCGGCGUCGUGAUAUAAGCUCAUGUUUGGAGGAUUCGAAAGGAGAGGAAGCAUCUGCAAUCGAUGUGGAUUCGUCUUCUUCUUUUGAUUCACAAAGACAACAACCAAAGACCGGAAAUUUGUCUCUUCCUUACCUGUUUUUAAGGUACAGAAGCUCUCGUCAGCCAGUAAGCUCAGCUGAUGAGGAUAGCUGUUCCUCUGCAACUACUUCACCUUGGCCUAGCAUUGUACAAAGCAGCUCAUGACACCACUUAUAGCAGGAACAUAAUUCAUGUAAAAUUUGUACGAGAAGCACUGCUACUUUAUUAUUCUCAUGUAACUUGAUUUAGGAUCACAUUAUUAGUCUUCUAACAACUGGUUGUUUAUGUUGUUAGAAUAGAGGUUUGUGACAUCUGUCUA